AUGGCCCGAUCGAGUACCAGCAGCUCUUCUGAAGUAGACGAAGAUAUAUCACCGAAUAUAAAUGUAAAAUUUGAAACGGACGAAGCAAAGUUUUCGCUGCAGCCGCAUUUAUUCGAACCUACGAUUAUAAAGAAAGGCUCCAGUUCCAGCAGCGACAGUGAAAGCCAAGCAGAUGAAGAGGGUUCGAACUCUUCGGCUGAUGAAAGUCGCUUGGAUAAUUUAGAAUGGUAAGUUUUGUGCAAUGGAAAUAUAUUAUAAUUGCCGAGAUAAUUGCGUUCACUCUUUAUCUACUAUAUAAAUAUCCUCAGGUGUAAAUGUGGUCAUUGCCAAAUGAUGGAUAGAUCUGACGAAUGUGUUUGCUGUCAGGAAAUCCCCGAAAUGUUAUCCCUCAAUGAAGAAGUCACCAUCAUUAAGAAAAUAAAAGAUCCCCUUACUUGCAUCACCGAUAAUCCAGCCUUUACUUCUGUGUGUUUGGAUAUGUUUGUACUCCGAACGGCAUGGUAUCAAUACAGGCAGGAGUACGACAACCCAUUUGAAGGCCCAGAUAACCAAAGGAACAGGCAUAUUGCUUAUCGGCAACUUGCACGAUUUGGUUGGGGGGUGCUAGGAAGGCAUGUUCGAGUCGCCUUGCCAUCUUGUGCUGUCAGUUGCAUCAGAGCACAUUUCCCACCUCCUGGACCUGAGGAUGAUCAUGUUUAUGUUGGGUUUAAGCCAGCAUCUGAUGAAGAUGAUUAA